UGAAAUAUCUGUCUCAUUGUUCUAUCUGUGAUGUCGCUGUUGAAACUGUGGUAGUGGGGGAACAGGAAGUAAAAAAAAAAUAACAAAGAAAGCUGCAGAACUGUGCUGUCGAAACGAUAGCUUUUGUAUUACUACAGAUUCCACAAUGGUUCUUUAGUUGUGGACAUUACAUCACAAGAAAUGGCUCAUGGUUCUCAUCUUUACGACAAUAACUAAGUCUGAAGCUGGUAACAUCAACAGUGAGGACAAACCCAGCCUGCCUCUCUCCUUCCACACCGAGUCCAAACCUACAGUCACUGGGUCCUGAUUGUGACAGUGGAGCCCAGUUUGCACUGCAGGAUCCAGAGAUGGCAUCAGUGAAGCUGGAAGACUGCAGUCAAACACUGGAGCUGAAUGUCAACAUUAAAGAUGAAGAAGAAGAGGAGAAGAAGAUUGGGAAAUCUGUUAAUCAUGGAGACCAUGUUGAGACAUUCUCUACAUCCAGAGAGCAACAGCAGGAAGAUCACAGAGCUAAGAGGUCUCAUCACUGCCCACAUUGUGAAGAGAUUUUCCCAUUUCUAUCAAAGCUAAAAAUACAUCUAAAAAUACACACAGGGGAGAAUCUGUAUUCCUGUACUGACUGUGGGAAGACUUUCUCCCGAUUGGAUACCUUAAAAACACAUGAACGUAUACAUACAGGAGAGAAUCCAUAUUCCUGUACUGACUGUGGGAAGAGCUUCACAACAUCAGGAACUCUGACAAUUCAUCAGAGAGUGCACACUGGAGAGAAGCCUUACUCCUGCUCUGACUGUGGGAAGAGGUUCUCUCAACAGAUCCAUUUACAAAAACACCAACAUAUUCAUAAUGGAGAGAAGCCUUACUGCUGCUCUGACUGUGGGAAGAGUUUCUCUCAACAGAACCACUUAAAAUGUCACCAGCGAAUACAUACAGGCGAGAAGCCUUACUCCUGCUCUGACUGUGGGAAGAGUUUCAUCCGAUUGGAUAUAUUAAAAUGCCACCAGCGAAUACAUACAGGAGAGAAGCCUUAUUGCUGCUCUGAGUGUGGGAAGAGUUUCUCCCAACUGGGCAACUUAAAAACACACCAACUUAUACAUAAAGGAGAAAAACCUUACUCCUGCUCUGACUGUGGGAAGUGCUUCACAACAUCAACUGAUGUAAAAGUUCAUAAAAGAGCACACACAGGAGAGAAGCCUUACUACUGCUCUGACUGUGGGAAGAGUUUCUCCAGAUUGUAUACUUUAACAACACACCAACGUAUACAUAAAGGAGAGAAGCCUCAUCAGUUCUCUCAGACCAGCUAAAUUUAAAGUCAUUACAUCACUUAAUUCUCAAGAAAUCCUAGCACACACUAUUGUAAUCCUAUUGUUUCUCACUGUGAGGAAAGGGAGCAUUAUAGAAUUUUAGCCUCUCUUUACUUUACUGAUCAGUGAGCAUCUUGUCAGUUUUGGUGUGUUUUGUUAGCUUCUACUGUAAAGAUAUUGAGAUGAUCUUGGAUUUGCCCUUGGGGUUGAAUAUCCUCUGUGACACGUCUCACAAUGGAGUCUGAUGGUUGACUGGGUGGUACUGCUCCCCUCUGCAGUUUUCUGUGGGAAUGAGCUGGUAGACACAACAUGUAUCAGAUAGAGAUGGUGUGAUGAUCAGUUUUCUGUGGGAAUGAGUUAGUAGAUACAACAUGUAUCAGAUAGAGAUGGUGUGAUGAUCAGUUUUCACCACUAGUUUGGGGGGAUUAUUUGAUUUAUUAAACAACUAUUUGUUUAAUUAUAUACAGGUUAUGAAACAACUACAUUUGUUUAUUCAGUUACAUUUUAAAACUAGCUUAGUUAUUUUUGUCAUUGAUGAUGAAUAUGUUUAGAUAACUGCAUUGAAGCAAACUUAACUGAUCUGCCGAUUUAAUAAAUACAUUAAAUUGUA